AUUGGGUUUGUGUUUCUCGCUCAGCAAGCCACCGUAGUCCUAACUUGAGCAGAAAGAAAGCAAAUCCUGCAGAUGCUUUUUCUAAACACUCGCCAUCUCUUCCUCCAUACUGUAUAGCACCAAUUAGAGAAGGGACAGGCACAUUGGUGGAGUGUAAAACGGCAGCGUAGUAUCUGAAGAAGAGACGUACACAGCGCAAAAUAAUGUUUAGGAACCAGUACGAUACCGACGUCACCACUUGGAGCCCCGCCGGAAGGCUCUUCCAGGUUGAGUAUGCCAUGGAAGCCGUCAAGCAGGGUUCUGCCGCAAUCGGACUCCGAUCUAAGACACACGUUGUUCUCGCUUGUGUCAAUAAGGCUAACUCCGAGCUCUCAUCUCAUCAGAAGAAGAUCUUCAAUGUGGAUGAUCACAUCGGCGUCGCCAUCGCGGGACUCACUGCCGAUGGUCGCGUUCUUUCACGGUACAUGCGAUCCGAAUGCAUUAACUACAGUUUCACGUACGAGUCCCCACUCCCGGUUGGUCGACUCGUCGUUCAACUCGCUGAUAAGGCUCAGGUAUGCACCCAACGCUCUUGGAAACGACCUUACGGUGUUGGGCUGCUGGUGGGUGGUUUGGAUGAAUCUGGAGCUCACCUCUACUACAAUUGCCCUAGUGGGAACUACUUUGAAUAUCAGGCAUUUGCCAUUGGAUCUCGCUCUCAAGCUGCAAAAACAUACUUGGAACGCAGGUUUGACAACUUUACAGAGUCUUCACGGGAAGAUCUGAUUAAAGAUGCUCUCAUUGCAGUUAGGGAGACCUUACAAGGAGAAACGCUCAAGAGUUCCAUCUGCACAGUUGCUGUAGUUGGAGUUGGGGAGGCAUUCCAUAUACUGGAUCAGGAUACUGUACAGCAGUUAAUUGAUGCAUUUGAAAUCGUUGGAGAGCCAGAGGGUCCUGCUGCUGAACCUGAACCUGAACCUGAACCUGAACCUGAACCUGAUGCUGCUGCUGCUGCUGAUCAUGGUGCAGGUGCUGCAGCUGACCAGGGUGUGGCUCCAAUGGACAUAUGAGGAUGCAAUAAAUGACUGCUGCAUCACUGUCUGAGUUUUAGUUGAUAUUUUCAAACAUGGUUACAGAAUUUAGUUGAAAAUGAAUGGCACCGUGGAAGACGUAUUUUGGUUGUAUUAUUUUAUGCAAUUUAUCUUUGCCUUGUUGGUGCAAACAUUUUUAUGCUAGCUUCUGGUGGACAUUUUCUGCAAUUUACAGGAAUAUCCAAUAGACAAUCACUGAACUAGGUGUUUUUCCAA